UUUUUUUUUUUUUUUUUUUUUUUUUUUUAAAAAAAAUAUAUAUAUCUCUCUCUUUUUCUCUCCUGCUUUUUUUUUGUUGUUGUUGCUGUUGUUAUAUGAGUUUAUCUUCCAAGAGGAUACUUGUUUUUUGCACACUGAUUGUGUUUCUAUUCAUCUUUUAUCUAUCGAGUAGUCUUUAUUAUUCAGGAACAACUCAACACAAACGAUGCCUAUUACCUAAAUUUAUCUCGAAUUACAAGAAGAGCGAUCACAAAGUGUUUACGGACUUGAAUCUGAUUACGUCCUCCCCCUAUGGGCGUAAAGAAAAGUUGCUGGUGCUGACACCACUCAAGGACGCCGAACCUUAUCUGGAGCGCUAUUUCGAAUUAUUGGACGGCACAACCUAUCCCAACGAACUCAUCUCUUUAGCUUUUUUAGUAUCAGAUUCAUCCGACAAUACCGUGGCUGCUCUGGAAUCUCACAUUCAUCGUAUCCAAUCUCGUUCAACAUGGUUUGGUAAAUCCCAUUCCUUUGCAUCCGUACGUAUCUUUAAGAAGGAUUUCGAGUUUAAUCUAUCGGGAGAGGAAAGGCACAAGUAUGAAAUGCAACCCUUGCGAAGGAGUAUCAUGGCAAGAUCACGUAAUUGGUUACUGACAGCUGCUCUCACACCCGAUAUCGCUUGGGUCGCUUGGGUCGAUGUCGAUGUCGUCCAUUACCCAGCCACUAUCUUUGGUGACCUGAUGCGUGCCGACGUCGAUGUCGUCGUACCCAACUGUUUGUUAAAGAGAGAAGACAACGAAUUCUGGGCCUAUGAUAAAAAUAAUUGGCAAGAAACCGAUGCCUCUAGAAGAAUACAAGAGGAUUUAAAUGCUGAUUUUGUCUUAUUGGAAGGAUACUAUGAGUUUCCUACUUAUCGCUACCUGAUGGUGGAUAUGCCGACAGAAGUCGGUCUAGAUUACAAAGUGCCUCUGGAUGGUGUAGGAGCCACUUUUACACUAGUGAAAGCUCAUGUGCAUCGUGAAGGUGCCAUGUUUCCUCCAUUUACGUUUCAACAUCAAGUAGAAACAGAAGGGUUUGCAAAAAUUGCCAAGGCAAUGGGAUUUUCUGUCUAUGGUCUCCCUGGUUACCUUAUCUAUCAUGUACAAAACCAUUAAAAUAAAAAUAAAUAUCCCCCCCCCCCUA